AUGUCGGGCGUGUCGUCGUUAGCAGUGUCCGAAGCAGAAGACACAAGGGUUCCAACAACUCCUCCCUGCGAGAGAAGAAGAUUAUUAUUUCAACAAGAGCAUGACGACGUUGCUUCUCCUCCUCCUCUUAGUAGCAUGAACCUAAUGGGUUCACUGCGUGUAAUAGAGCUUCAACUCGUAGCCUUUAUACUAGUCUUCUCAGCAAGUGGCCUCGUCUCUCUCAUGGAUCUCGCUUUCUCUGCAUUCGUCACCAUCUACGCCUUCGCACUCUCGCGCUUCUCCUUCCCGUCGUAUGGGUCUCCGCCCCAACAGAUCUUCCACGCAAGUAGGUUGUUUCAGGCAUAUGUGGUGGUGGGAACAGCCGUGGGGAUGUUCUUGCCUCUUGCGUACGUGCUGGGUGGGUUCGGAAGAGGGGACCAGCAUGCGGUUCGUUCAGCGAGUCCACACUUGUUCUUGCUAUCUUUUCAGAUACUGAGUGAGAACAUAAUGAGUGGGUUGUCCAUGUUUUCAGCGCCAGUGAGGGCGUUGGUGCCGUUGAUGUACACAAUUAGAAGGAUCUCAGUGGAUAUUGACUGGUUACAAUCAGAGUGGCUCAAUACCACUCUCCCGCCAAAUUCACAAUUCAAGGACGUGGCAUGGUUUUGGUUCGGUAGGAUUCUAGCGUUGACCAACCUAGUUUAUUACUCCCUGAAUCUUUUUGGGUUCUUAAUACCAAGGUUCCUUCCAAGAGCGUUUGAGAGGUAUUUCCAGUUGAGGGGAGAGAUCCACGCUAAGGCUGACCAAGACUAUGUGGUCGACAAAUCCCAUCCGACAGAAAAACAAAACAAGUCGCAAUAA